UUUGUUCGGGAUGAGUACAGUGUAGCUCCACCGGGGUCUGUUGCUGCUAUUAAUAUGAAGAAUCGGGAGGCUGAUAGAGUGAAUCAAACAAGUGCUAGACUGAAGAAUCUAAGGGUGCGUAAACUAAUUCAAAAGGCUCUCAGAAUGAAGAAUAAGAAAGUGAAGGAAGGUCAUGAAUCUGUGACAUUCACAUGGAGAAUUGACAAAGUCACUAAGCGGCACACCUUCAAACAUUACUCAGAGCCUUUUAUCAUUAGUGAUUUUAAAUGGAGGAUCUUUAUGUAUCCAGAGGGUAACAAGGAAGACUACUUGCCAGUGUAUUUGGAUAUUCCAGAUACUACAGGACUCCCACUUGGGUGGUCAAAAUAUGUCAAGUUCAGCUUCACCUUAGUUGAUCAACUUCAGUACAGCAAGUCGAUAACAAAUGAGAUUAUACAUGUGUUCAAUGCUUGUGAGAGAAAUUGUGGCUUCAAAUCAAUAGUUCCUCUAAGUCAGUUUUAUGACCAUGGUAAUGGGUACAUUGUGAAUGAUAUAUGUAUGAUUGAAGCGAAGGUUGCUUUGUGUAAACCUGAUGCUAAAAUAUUACCAGACCAUGGAACUUCUUCACUUGGGGAACCCUUGGGGAAGGAAAAAGAGAGACAGAUACCUACAAAUGUGCAGCCUGUGAAUGUUUCAGACUUUUUAACAGAACGAGAGACGUUAAGUCCUGAACAGGUGCCUGCCACCUACCACAGUGCACCAGUUUCUGAACAGAUUUCCAAGGAGUUUCAUAACAUUUCUGUUGCCAGAGGUUUUGAGGCUGUGGAACCCUUGGGGAAGGAAAAUGAGGGACAGGGACCUUCAAAUGUUCAGCCAUUGAAUGUUCCAGAUUUAGCUGAAUGGGAGUCACCAAGUUUUAUACAGGUGCCUGGCAGCUACCACAUUUCUGGUGACAAGGAAUAUGAGGUUGUAUCCUCAACAUCAGCUGAUGACCUCAUGGAUUUCAGGGGUUUAGCCAGAAUAGAAAAAGUUUAUGUUCCACUGUUAGAUAAAGCUUGUUCCUGUCACUCUUCUCUCAUUGAAUGCCAAAAGAAGACAACUCCCCUGUUUAAGGGGUGGGCAUUCACAACCUUGGGUCGAGUUCUACAUUUCUUGAAAACAAGAAAAAAUAAGGAUAUGACAGAUGAUGUCUGUGCAGAGCUAAAACGUCUAUGGGAAGAGCUUCAGGCCUUCAAUUUUGAUUUGGAUUGGCUGGCGCCUCAGGUUCAAAGAGCUAUGGGUAUGAAUGAGUUGGUCAAAAGGGAAGGACAAGUAAAGAGCUUGAGAAAGGAUGUGGAUGAUUUAGAAAUUGAAAAGAAGAGGAUAAAGGCGAAGCUUGAGGUAGCAAGUAGAGAGUUGCAAAAGACCAAAGUUGUUGAGGAGAUGGACAUGGAUGAGGAGGUAGGUUAUGGGCUGUUCUGUGGAAUUCUGAUUCUUUGA